CCGAGCGCCGGACGGAGAGAGCGUCAGUUGGCCGGAUCGUGGACUUGUCUACGUCUUCCGUUGGGGCUCACUCGCUGUUGGGAGCCGCGGAGCUUCCCGGGCGGUAGCCGAGGAGACAGAGGGCGCCAUCAGCGGGCCUUCACGGAGCCCAGGCCUCCCUGCUCUCCCCCCUUUCGCCUCGGAGUCGUCCCAACCUGCCGCCGGUGGAGGCGUGAGGUGACGACGGGCGAGCGCCGGGAGCAGCGUUAGCUGCCGCGGCCCCCGGUCCUCCCUCCACCUCCCCCCUCGCUUCCCUCCUCCCACUUCCCGAGCUCCGGCGUGUCCCGGCCACGGUCGGUGCUGCGUCAGGAACAAAGGAGGACCCCGCGGCGGCGCAGAGACCCCUCCGCCUGCGGCUCCGACCCGCUCCCGGCCCGCGGCGGCGGCGCCAGAGCUCCCGGUUCGCUUAUCGCGGAAGCCUGGGCCCGGUCCCCACUGCGCCGGCGUCGCGCGCGAGCCCGGCUCCUCCACUGCUGCCCCCGCAGGCAGAAAAAUAUGGCUCAGGAGACUAACCAGACCCCAGGGCCCAUGCUGUGUAGUACAGGAUGUGGCUUUUAUGGGAAUCCUAGGACAAAUGGAAUGUGUUCUGUUUGCUACAAAGAACAUCUUCAGAGGCAGCAGAAUAGUGGCAGAAUGAGCCCAAUGGGGACAGCUAGUGGUUCCAACAGUCCUACCUCAGAUUCUGCAUCUGUACAAAGAGCAGACACCAAUUUAAACAACUGUGAAGGUGCUUCUGGCAGCACAUCUGAAAAAUCAAGAAAUGUGCCUGUGGCUGCCUUGCCUGUAACUCAGCAAAUGACAGAAAUGAGCAUUUCAAGAGAGGACAAAAUAACAGCCCCGAAAACAGAGGUAUCAGAGCCAGUUGUCACUCAGCCCAGUCCAUCAGUUUCUCAGCCCAGUACUUCUCAAAGUGAAGAAAAAACUCCCGAGUUGCCCAAACCAAAGAAGAACAGAUGUUUCAUGUGCAGAAAGAAAGUCGGACUUACAGGGUUUGACUGCCGAUGUGGAAAUUUGUUUUGUGGACUUCAUCGUUACUCUGACAAGCACAACUGUCCAUAUGAUUACAAAGCAGAAGCUGCAGCAAAAAUCAGAAAAGAGAAUCCAGUUGUUGUGGCUGAAAAAAUCCAGAGAAUAUAAAUUACUACUUGUGAAGAGACUGAAACUUUGUUUUUAUUUUAAUAUAUCGUAGGAAAACAUUAAAGAGCAGAUGCAUGGCCAUUUUCCUUUGAUGUUCUCCAGAGUUUUACUUUACACUUGUCUGUCUUACAAUUGAUACUUUAGGAUGUUUGGGUGUUUGUUACAGGCAGAAUUGGAUAGAUACAGCCCUACAAAAUGUAUAUGCCCUCCCCUGAAUAAAAUUUGAUGAAAAUCUGCACAGCAAAUUGAAAUACACAGCUAUUAGGGAGAAAAUUUAGUUCCCAUGUGCCAAACAAAAUACAUGAAAUCUCUGCAUGUUUGCAGCAUCUGCCUUUGGGGAAUGUAAUCAAGGUAUAAUCUUUGGCUAGUGCUAUGUGCCUGUAUUUUUUUUAAAGUGGUACACCAGAAAAGGACUGGCAGUCUACUUCUACCAUACUUAAACUUCACCCUGUUAAUUUCCACAACAUGUUCUUUGGAAGCAGGAAGAAAGCUAUAAAGAGAACAGACCUUUUCGUGAAACUACUAUUUGGUGCCAUAUGUAAGUCUGGUUAAUUGGUCUAAGAGCUGCUAAAUAAGACAUUCUGUAAAAGGUAAACAUCUCUACUGAUUAUGAGUAAAAGCAAGCCAACAGGGUCUUGAGCUGUCUUUGAAGCUUAUUGUGCUGACUUGCACGAGAAGAUGUCUGCAUUACUCAUUGCUGAAAUGUGUAGCACAGAACUGCACUAGGAUUAAUUUGUUUACAAGAAGAAGUUAAAACUGUUUGGUUUUCAUAUACAGCAGCUCUAUUGAAUAACAUGCAUCUGAAUUUUAAGUUGCAAAGGUAUCUGAACAGUUAAUUUUUCAUGUGCAUCCUUUGUUGAAUGUUUUGGUUCAAGAGAGAAUGUUUAAAGCUUUUUUAAAAGACUUCAGUUCUUAAUGUAACUGUACCCUUCUGCAUGGAAAAUCAUAACCAACAUGGCUGCAGUAGACUUCUUAGUGGUAUCCAGCACCACUUGCAGAGGGCUGCUUUAUCAUAUUGUACUUGGGUGUAGGACUCUAGUGUUCUUGGGUGUAUUGCAUGGGCUGCAUUAUCUACAGCAUUGUACAAUAACAACUAGAAGAGGCAGUAUACUUCACUGAUGCUUGUCUGGUAAUAUCACUUCUGUGUUAUAAUGGAAGGUUUUUUGUGAUGUAUGAAACUUGUGUUUUUUAUAUAUAAAUGAGUAUAGUUAGAUUAGUGUUGUGGUAUGCCUGUUUUCAUCUGUAAAUAGUUAAGUAUGUACACGAGGCACUACUUUCUAAUUUACUGCAGUGUUUGGUCCUAGUUUUUACUUUUAUUAAGCAUUCAGUUUUGCUUUCAAUUUUAUGUACCUUAGUUCUGAGUUAGAUCUGCAGAUGUGUACAGAUAGGUCAUAUUUAUGUAUUGCACAUAAUCAUGCUAUUCAGCAUUGAUGCUAUAUUGUAUUAUGUAAAUAAUAAAAGCCAUGUACAGAGGGAAA